AUGAUCCACGGCAAAUCACUCCUAGUGGCGUUGGCAGUCGCCUCGACCGUUGUCGCUAGUCCUUGCAAGCCCAGUACGACUAGCCCAGUCCUCAGUACCACUACGACGGCAAUGGAAGAAACUUCUAGCGGUGAAACCUCUACCGCCAGUGGCACAACUAUUAUUGAGACUACCGUCAUCGCCACCACUACAACGACAGAGCCCGGCACCACUACAACUGGUGCUCUGACAACAACAACUGCGGAAGCUGAUGUUACGACUACAACCACCGCCGCAGAGACAACCAGUACCGCCCCCUGCGCCGCGGCUCCAACGGCCUGUGGAAUAUACGGUUACUUCGUCGAAGGGAACACUUUGCAGUACCUAAGCAGCCCGGGAACAAAGGAUAAUGCCAAGGAUUGCGUGCAGGCUUGCGCUGAUUAUCCCGACUGCGAGGUUGUUGACUUUUAUAAUGAAGCUACCAAUGGAUAUGAAAAGGGGACUUGCGAGUUCUGGAAGGGUACUGUCAAGACUGAUGGUGCGCAGUCCCCGUACCAGUGGUAUCAAGUUUGUUGCCUGGCCAAUAUGUAA